CUAACAUAGUCCAAAAUAAAAUAUUGGACCCACGGGCUGAGGGAGUAGUGGUUAAAUGGGGGAAAGGAGAAGUUUAGAAGGAAGAGCAAAACCUAAUCUAAAAAAUAAAAAACAAAAAACCCAGUGUAGAAGAGAGAUGGGGGUUACGAAAGAGGAGGUUGAAGAUUUGCUUGUUAAAGAGCUUCGUCCCGCACAUCUGGAAGUUAUUGACAAAUCUGGAGGAUGUGGUGCAUGCUUUCAGAUUGAGAUUGUUUCACAACAGUUUGAAGGCAAAAGAUUGCUGGAAAGGCAUAGGAUGGUUAAUGCUGCACUCGGGGAAAAAAUGAAAGAAAUCCAUGCUCUCUCCAUAACCAAACUUUGACUCCAGAAAAGUGGCAAGAACAACAAGAUGAAGCUGAGAAGUAGCCUGAAGCGGCCACUUAAAUCCGGCUCGAAGAAAAAAUCCAGGCAGUUUCUCUUUUAAUGUUAAUGUUAUCAUUGUUUCAAUUUCUAAAAUUCUGAUGUGGUUUAUAUUGCAUAAAAGAGAUCAUGAUAAUUGAUAAGCCUGUUUCAUGCUCAACGAGUUCCUUUUUUGUACGCUUGAUAUUCAUGAAUAUUUAAUUGUGCACUUAAAUAGGUC